GGAUGAGCUAACAUCUGCUCCGGAGUCUAUUGAACUUGUGCACAACAUCAUAAACCGGGCAUUUGGCCAGGUGUGGCGAAGCUUAGGGGGGAUGAUUCUGGAAGCUACUAAAUCGAACGAGCAGGAGAAAACAUCGGUCAUGUCUCACGUACUGGAAAUCAUCGCAUAUCUGCAUCACAGUGGACUCAUCCCUGAGUCCAUCUACAAGUAUCGGCCGCACCAGGACAACUACGCCCUUCAGCAGCCUCCGACGCUGCAUCUCUUAUCAUCUCAAAUCCUUACAGCUCUUUCGGACGCGAGCUGGAGGGCGCAUGAAGCGUCUGUGCAAAUCGCCAAAGAGAGAAUGAAUGCGUCUUAUUUUCUCGGCCACGAGAUCCCGGGUUCACGGUACAAACUCCACGUCACCGAACUAGCUCCUGAGUUAUGGCUUGAGUUAGUCCUGUGGUCAUGUCUCCACGGAGGAUGGAUUCUAGAUGGAACGGCAAUACUUGAACAGAUGCUACCACGCGAAGAAGGGUCUGAAUGGAAUCUCAUCAGUUGGCGAGAACUUCUCCAAUCAAAAGACGAGGAACCUUCCUCACCUCUACGAGGUUGGCAACUCUUUGGGACGCCUAUCAAAUCGAACGAAGAAGACCGUAAGCUUACACAGCGCACAAUCAGCAGUGAAAUUGUAACGGCGUUCGUAGAUGGACUGGUCAAUACUAUGCGUGUUGGUGUUGGCACUCGAGGCACAGAUCCAGAGGGUAUUGUGGAACAUAUCAAGAACCUGAAACAGUUACUGGACCUUCAUGGCCUAAGCUUAGGGUCGGCAUCGUGGGACUCGGUCAUGGUUCGCUUGCUAGAGUCUGGAGGUAUCGCACCAGAGAAACGGCCGGAACUCUUGUUGAGCAUUAUAGAUCUGGCGUCUGGAUUUGGCACGGAAGUUGGAUCCGUCAAUGCUUCUUCCGCGAACGUUGGGAAUUUCCAUGAGCCACCCUACUUUUUUGAUGCUUCUGCGUUAUCAAUCGGUUUUCUCCAUCGGUCCAUGCGAUCUUUCGUUGAUAAUGGUGAUGUUGCAGGGGUCAUAACAAGUCUCCAGCGAUUGCAAGAUUACACAGACAACAACAGGCAAAGGUCAAUGCGGCAGUUCUUCGACAAUUUAAAGAAUACACCACUCCUCCAGGACCAGCCUUUUACAAGCAGAUUUAUUCCAAUUGAGUUUCCGGGCUUCGAAUGUCAGGUCCCCGUCCCCCUACUAGCGAAAACCUUAGAUCUUAUUACCGAAUCGAGGCUGCUUUAUCUUGGACGAUCGCUCAUUUUCUCGGAAGACUUAGACGGACCGCUGAUUGAUCAUUCAAUGUACUACAACUGGGUUAUGGCUGCUUCAAUCAUACGAUUCGGUUCGGUGGCGCGAGAGGAGAAGCUUGUUCUCAAGAUUGUGGAAAUCACAGGCUCUUCAGGCAACGGGCAACAAGCGAGACUUCUACACCCCGAAAUUCUGAAUGCCCUGCUUAAUGCUCAAGUGCAGCUUCACCGCUGGGAAUCAGUGCAGGGGAUCCAAGACUAUGUCUUAAAGAAUCCCGGCUACUGGCCACGUCCCCAAGUUCUUGCCAACUUCGCUGCCGCCCUCCUCCGCCUGUCAAGCGACAUGAACGAGUACACUAGAAGGCAGAAGUUCAAAGCACGCACUGCGUUCACUGAUUUCCUCUUUUCUUGGGAAGCAUUGAUUUUAACGAGCUUGAGGAAUGAGCUCAACUGCAUUCUUGGUGUCUUGUCCUCUGUUCACCAGGAUUUAAAAGAUUAUUGCACCCAAUUCCUUGCAUUUUCUGUCCGACAGAAAGUUCAGUUAUCUGCAAAUGACUUCAAUCUAGUUCUCGGAGGAGUGCUUGACGGGUUCGGCAGUAGUAAAGGCAGAGAAACUGUGGAAAUGUGGUGCUACCGACCCCCCAAAACGUUUGAACCGUAUCGGGCUCCGGGAGGGCUGCCUUCUAUGCCUCGAUUUCGAAUCAGCAAAGGCGAGGAAUAUGAGAGUCGUCCAGAAGACAUCACAAUCACUCAGCCGUCGGGAGCUCAGCUGAUUCUACAGGGACGAGUGCGCCCCAAUCGACAAACGAUCUGGGCGAUUCUUCGGAAGGUCCAGCAGGAAGAAGAUGUGCGAAGGGCAAGCAAAGCUGAUUUGACUACUGAGACACGCAAGGAGGUCCGAGAUACGUUGAAAUGGGCGGCGAGAUUUCUCUACUAUCUUGGCUUCGACUACGAAGACAUCAUUAGGGAUCUGGGCAGUCUUGCUGAGCUUGCCGAGCUUGAGGCUCCGCCGGCAUCGUGGCAUCCCCCUCUAAAUGUUUCUCCCUCCUCGUAG